GCUACUGAAUACUCAGCAAAUUCAGUAACUUACCCUACAGCUGUUGUUCGCCGUUGUCAGAAAUAAAACAUAACACGUCAUAUCAUAUAUACCACGGGAUAAAUAAAAAUGAGCAAAAUGUCCCAAGAGGAAGACACCAAUUCAACACUUUUCUAUGCCAGAAAUGAAUAUUACAUUGGCAACUUUAUGGGAUCGGUGAAUUUUGUCCUGCCCGAACAGGGCACUGCGGGUGCAGAGCUCUUGUCGUACAUGUAUCUAUCUUACUUGGCUAUGGAUUCGGGAAGAUUAAUUGCCAGCGAUAUCAAGGAGACGAAUAACACACCUCUACUGGCCUUGCGUUACAUCAAUGAGGCUUUUGAACAACCGAACAAAGUGGAAGAUAUUCUAAAUAAAUUGACCGAUAAGGUAGCUGGUGAGGAUGAUGAAACCAACAUUUGGCGCAUAGCCACCGCUAUUGUAUAUUGCUACGACGAGCAAUUCGAAAAUGCUUUAAAGAUUCUGCAUGGAUCUACGAAUUUGGAAUCCAUGGCUUUAUCGGUACAAUGCUUGCUACGAUUGAAUCGUAUGGAUUUGGCCAAACAGUUAGUAGCUAAAAUGCAAGAAAUCUCAGACGACCAUACCUUGACACAGCUGGCCCAAGCUUGGGUUGCGUUGUCAUCGGGGACAGAGUCAAUGCAGGAUGCAUUCCAUAUUUAUCAAGAAUUCUGCGAGAAGUAUAAACCUACGCCACUACUAUUGAAUGGUCAAGCUGUGGUCCACCUGGGCUUGGAAAGAUAUGAAGAAGCCGAAGCUGUGCUUAGGGAAGCUUUGACCAAAAAACAUAACGAUUAUGACACUUUGAUAAACAUGAUGGUUCUGGCCCACUUGACUGGCAAAUCUCAAGAAACUAUACAAAGGUAUUGGGAACAGUUGCGUCAGUUCUAUCCAAAAAGUCAUUUCAUCAAAGACUUCAAUAAGAAGUCUGAUGAAUUUGACAAACUUUGUUUGAAGUAUUCCAUAGAAGGCAUGGCCUGAAUGGUAACCAUUAUAAGAUUUAUGAACAUACCUACUAUAUAAUUAUGCAUACAAAUUACAAUAAAAAUAUACAUUUAUUUUCUUUCUUA